AUCAUUCAAAACCCCUUUUUUCUCUACUUCCCACCCUAUCUUCUUCCUCUUUUCUUCUCCUUUCCCCACUCAAUCUUCUCUGCAAAUUCUGCAGAGAAAAGGGGAUAAACAUCAAUCAGUCCCAUCUGGAAAACCUUUAAAUACUCACCAUAAUCCAUUACAAUGGCAUCUUCAUCCGUUGUUGGGGUUUCUUCCAUACUUAACCAAACACCUUCACUUCAAAAACCAGCAAAAAACCUAAUUCCUCCUUUUUUCCUUCCAUUUACUGGGUCAAAGUUGAGAUGUUUGAAGUGGGUUUCUUCUGCAAUUGCAACUCCUAACUCUGUGUUGAGUGAGGAAGCUUUUAAAGGUCUUGGGGAUUUCUCUAACGGCUCGUUUGGUGUUAGUGAUGAAGAGGAGUUUGAUGAAGGUGAAACUGAAGGCUAUGGUCUAAGUGAGGAUGAACUUGAUGUUUCAAAAUUGGGUCUUCCUCAAAAACUUGUUGAGUCUCUUAGGAAACGAGGCAUUACCCAACUUUUUCCUAUUCAGCGAGCAGUACUAGUUCCGGCUCUGGAAGGUAGAGAUAUUAUUGCUCGAGCAAAGACUGGGACUGGAAAAACUCUUGCUUUUGGGAUUCCAACACUAAAACGCCUUACAGAAGAGAAUGAAGAAAGAGGUGCACUAAGGCGUUCACGAUUGCCUAGAGUUUUAGUCUUAGCCCCAACCAGAGAGUUGGCAAAACAAGUUGAAAAGGAAAUGAAGGAGUCUGCACCAUACUUGAACACUGUUUGCGUUUAUGGAGGGGUUUCUUAUAGUGCACAACAAAAUGCUCUUUCCCGUGGUGUUGAUGUGGUGGUGGGAACUCCUGGUAGAAUUAUUGACUUGGUCAAUAGCAAGAGCCUCAAACUGGGGGAAGUUGAAUUUUUGGUUCUUGAUGAAGCUGACCAAAUGCUGGCUGUAGGGUUUGAGGAAGAUGUAGAAGUCAUACUGGAACAACUUCCUGUUGAAAGGCAAAGCAUGCUCUUUUCAGCUACUAUGCCCGGGUGGGUGAAAAAAUUAUCUAGAAAAUAUUUGAAGACUCCCUUGACGAUUGAUUUGGUUGGUGAGCAAGAGGAAAAGUUGGCCGAAGGGAUUAAACUACAUGCAAUUUCAACUACUUCAACUUCAAAGCGCACUAUUCUUAGUGAUGUUAUCACGGUUUAUGCAAGGGCUGGGAAAACCAUUGUGUUCACACGGACAAAAAGAGAUGCUGAUGAAGUUUCGUUGGCAUUGUCAAAUAGCAUUGCUUCGGAGGCAUUGCAUGGAGAUAUAUCUCAGCACCAACGCGAGAGGACAUUGAAUGGCUUUCGACAGGGAAAGUUCUCUGUGCUGGUUGCCACUGAUGUUGCUGCCCGUGGUCUUGAUAUACCUAAUGUUGAUCUGAUUAUUCAUUAUGAACUACCCAAUGAUCCUGAGACAUUUGUCCAUCGUUCUGGUCGAACUGGGAGGGCAGGAAAGGAAGGCACGACUAUUAUAAUGUAUACUAGCAGCCAGAGAAGAACAGUUCGAUCUCUUGAAAGAGAUGUAGGAUGCAAGUUUGAGUACAUUAGCCCUCCAUCAGUUGAAGAGGUCUUGGAGUCGUCUGCUGAUCAGGUUGUUGCUACUCUUCGUGGGGUCCAUCCUGACUCCAUUCAAUUUUUCACACCAACAGCACAAAAAUUACUUGAAGAGCAGGGAACUGGAGCCCUUGCUGCAGCGCUAGCCCAUCUGAGUGGCUUUUCCCAGCCUCCAUCAUCAAGAUCUCUACUUAGUCAUGAGCAGGGAUGGACAACAUUGCAAUUGACUCGUACUCCUGGUUACUCGAGAGGAUUCUUGUCUGCUAGAUCCGUCAUGGGUUUUUUAUCUGAUGUUUAUGCAACUGCCGCAGAUGAAGUUGGAAAGAUACAAUUAAUUGCAAAAGAAAAUGUUCAAGGUGCUGUUUUUGAUCUUCCUGAGGAAAUCGCAAAGGAGCUACUGAAUAAAGAGAUACCUCCAGGAAACACAUUAUCCAAGAUUACUAAGUUGCCUGCACUGCAAGAUGAUGCGCCUCCCAGUGAUAGCUACGGCAGAUUCUCUGGCAGAGGUGGCCAUGGCGGUUCGAGGGAUAGAAGAGGAUCACGAACUCCCCGAGGAUGGGGUAGUAGUCAGGACUUUGAUUUUGAUGACAACAGUGAUGAUAUGUUUAGGCGUGGUGGUCGAAGUUCCUUCAGAUCUAGCAAUAACAGGUGGUCCUCAAACUCGAGAAAUGAUUCUGGCAGCAGGUGGUCUUCAAACUCAAGAAGCAGUGGGGAUGACUGGCUAAUUGGCGGUAGUGGUAGUCGAUCUAAUAGGUCACCAUCCUUUGGAAGCAGGGACAGGAACUUUGGUGGUGCAUGUUUCAACUGCGGGAAAACUGGGCAUAGAGCAUCAGAUUGCCCCAGCAAACAAUCAUACUAAAAAACUCUGCUUCCUAACGUAUGUGAACUUUGACAGCCACUGUUGACGCCAACACCCCCCAGACGUGCUGCUCCUGUUGAUCCAGCCGUGCCCAAGUAUACUCGCUCUUCUUUGAUUAAAAAAUCCUGCUUGGAUCACUCGUACAUUCAGAGAUUCAUCGACAUAUUGUCUCUGCAUACAAAGGAGUUCACAAUCUAAUGCGCGUGUAUUGAGGUUGUUAUGUUCGUAUUUAGUAUUUACGUUCUCUUUUUAGUGUCCAGUACGCGGUUGCUUUUGCUGUAAGGUCAUUGGGAUACAUCCAUGCAGGGAAUUCUUGGUGUAUAUAUAUUAUAGUCAGUCAGUUACAGAAAAAAAAAGCAUGGCUUUUAGUUUUGACAUUUUUGUUGGGCGGACUGAUAAGAGUAAAUUUUUGGUUGUAACUUGUAAAAGCAAAACUAAGAACUUAAAAACCUCAAGUUAUUGAAUUUAAUUAUUGGGGAAAUUCUAUAUGGUAA